CGUCGAUUGCCUUUUACGUUGGAAGUUGCUCACGGAAUUGUAUUCUUCUGUUUCUAUCAGCAUCUGCCCCUGAUAUAUAAGCAUCAAACGUAACAUAUGUAAGUUUUAUACAAUUACGAAAACAUCUUCUCCAAUUAAAACGAAAUGGCAAACACGGGUGUAUUACCGUUUGUUCGUGGUGUUGACUUUAGCAGUAAUGACUUUGGUGGUGGCAAAUUUCCAGAAUCUGUACGCUUAAUGACUGGCAUACAAUGGCUGAAACUGGAUGAAACCAACUUGACUGAGAUUCCAGAAGAAAUGGGCAAAUUAUUGAAGCUGGAACAUCUUUCACUAGUUAAAAACAAAUUGGAACGAUUAUAUGGAGAACUAACAGAACUUUGUUGUCUGCGAACAUUGAAUAUAAGACGUAAUAACAUUAAAUCGAGUGGCAUUCCAGCAGAAUUAUUUCACUUGGAAGAAUUGACCACAUUGGAUUUGAGUCACAAUAAUUUAAAGGAAGUACCAGAGGGAUUAGAGAGAGCUCGUUCUUUGUUAAAUUUGAAUUUAAGUCACAAUCACAUUGAUACAAUUCCUAAUACAUUGUUCAUUCAUUUAACCGAUCUACUGUUCCUGGAUCUUAGUGACAAUAGAUUAGAAACACUGCCACCUCAAACUCGUCGCUUAGCAAAUUUACAAACUUUAAAUCUAAAUCACAAUCCACUAGGGCACUUUCAAUUAAGGCAACUACCAUCCUUGAUGAAUUUAAUGGCCCUACAGAUGCGCGAAACGCAGAGAACGUUAAACAAUAUACCAUCGAGUUUGGAGACCCUGACUAAUCUGCAAGAACUUGAUUUAUCACAAAACAAUUUACCUCGAGUACCAGAUGCACUUUAUUCUUUGUCGAAUUUACGUCGUUUGAAUUUAAGUGAUAAUCAAAUAACAGAAUUGUCGACAACUAUUGAACUUUGGGUAAAAUUGGAAACAUUAAAUAUAUGUCGUAAUAAAUUGUCCGCAAUACCUGCUUCCCUGUGUAAGAUUGUUACGCUCAGAAGAUUGUAUUUAAACGAUAACCGAUUAGAUUUUGAGGGUAUUCCUUCAGGCAUUGGCAAGUUAUCAUCCUUGCAAGUAUUUUCAGCAGCUAAUAAUCACUUGGAAAUGAUACCUGAAGGUUUAUGUAGAUGUGGAUCGUUAAAAAAAUUAAUAUUAUCAUCUAAUCGAUUGAUCACUGUACCAGAUGCAAUUCAUCUUCUCACUGAUUUAGAACAACUUGAUCUACGGGAUAAUCCAAAUUUAGUAAUGCCACCAAAACCUAUGGAAGUUCAAAAAGGUUCCGGUAUCGAGUUUUAUAAUAUUGAUUUUUCGCUACAGCAUCAAUUGCGACUUGCUGGUGCUAAUGUACCUACACCAAUUCAAACUGCUGGUAGCAAAGAUCCAAUAGCUCGUAAAAUGAGGCUCAGAAGAAGACGAGAUCAAGAAGAAGCUGAUCAAGAUCAAGCCAAAAUAUUAAAGGGUAUGAAAGAUAUAGCAAAGGAAAAAAACAAAGAUAAAGAAUGUGAAGAAUCUAAAGUGGAAUCGUUGAAACCCAAACGAUGGGACGAAACUCUGGAAAAACCACCGCUAGAUUAUUCCGAGUUUUUUGAUGAAGAUGCUGGGCAAAUUCCUGGUUUAUCUGUGUGGGAGAUAGAAAACUUUCUGCCCAAUGAAAUAGAGGAAGUUGCACAUGGAAAGUUUUACGAAGGCGAUUGCUACAUCGUUUUAAAGACUGAAAUUGAUGAAGCUGGAUCCUUGAUAUGGGCGAUUUACUUCUGGAUAGGAGAAAAAGCUACGUUAGAUAAAAGGGCUUGUGCUGCAAUUCAUGCUGUAAAUCUACGUAACUACUUAGGCGCACAAUGUCGUACUACUAGAGAAGAACAAGGUGAGGAAUCGGAUGAAUUUCUAAUGCUGUUCGAGUCUGGCAUUACAUAUAUCGAAGGUGGUCGUACCUCAUCUGGUUUUUAUACGGUCGAAGAUACGCCAUCGAUAACACGAUUGUAUAGGGUACAUGCUGCCGGUGCUUCAAUUCACUUAGAGCCGGUUCCUGUUCGUUUUGAUUCCUUGGAUCCAGGUUUUGUAUUCGUUCUGGAUACUGGCAAUAAGAUUUUUAUAUGGUAUGGAAAACAAGCAAAAAGUACACUAAAAUCUAAGGCAAGAUUAAUGGCUGAGAAAAUCAACAAAAAUGAAAGGAAGAAUAAAGCAGAUAUCAUAACGGAAAUUAUGAAUACAGAAUCAGAUGAUUUUCUGUCUUGUUUGAAUGUCAGAGAUGUUUUACAUUUAUCAAUGAUCACUGAACAUGUCGAUGCAAAUUUUGUACCACUUGCGCCACGUCUAUAUCAAGUACAACUUGGAAUGGGUUAUUUGGAAUUGCCUCAAGUCGAAGUACCUCAUGGGAAACUAACCAACACGCUUUUAAACAAUCGCAACGUUUACAUAUUAGAUUGUCAUGUAGAUGUUUAUGUUUGGUUUGGUAAAAAAUCGACAAGAUUGGUACGAGCAGCUGCCGUUAAACUUUCUCAAGAAUUAUUUAAUAUGAUAGAGCGGCCAGAAUAUGCAGUGGUAACUAGAUUGCAAGAAGGAACUGAGUCACAGAUUUUCAAAUCUAAGUUUGCUGGAUGGGACGAAGUUAUAGCAGUUGAUUUUACUAGAACUGCCGAAUCAGUUGCUAAAACUGGUGCAGAUCUUACAAAAUGGGCUAAGCAACAGGAAACGAAAGCAGAUCUAGCCGCACUCUUUAUGCCAAGGCAACCACCUAUGUCGUUUACCGAAGCUCAGCAACUAAUGUCGGAAUGGAAUGAUGAUUUAGAAGGAAUGGAAGCAUUGGUACUGGAAGGAAAAAAAUUUGUACGAUUACCAGAAGAAGAAUUAGGACACUUCUAUAGCGGUGAUUGUUACGUAUUUCUAUGUCGUUAUUGGAUGCCAUUAGAUACAACAGAAAAUGAGGAUGGUGAUGAGCAAUUCGAAGAGGAUUAUCAAUGUACAGUAUAUUUCUGGCAAGGCAGAGAUGCAGGAAAUAUGGGAUGGUUGACAUUUACAUUUAGCUUACAGAAAAAAUUCAAAUCUUUAUUUGGCGAAAACUUGGAAGUAGUUAGAACUCAUCAGCAACAAGAAAAUUUGAAAUUUUUGGCAUACUUUAAAAGAAAGUUUAUUGUUCAUCAUGGUAAGCGCAAACAACCUAAAGCUCCUGGUAGUAACAAGGUCGAAUUUUAUCACCUAAGAAGUAAUGGAAGUGCAUUGUGUACCAGGUUAAUACAAAUACCGGCGGAUUCGACGCUAUUAAAUUCUUGUUUUUGUUACAUUUUGAACGUACCAUUCAAUAACGAUGAUGAAACGGGAAUAGUGUAUGCUUGGAUUGGUUCUAAAGCUGACGGCGAGGAAGCACGUUUGAUUCAAGAAAUUGCCGAAGAAAUGUUUAACAACCCAUGGAUAAGCCUACAAGUUUUAAACGAAGGUGAAGAACCGGAUAAUUUUUUUUGGGUAGCUCUUGGUGGGAAAAAAUCGUACGACACUGAUGCGGAAUACAUGAAUUAUACUAGACUCUUUAGAUGUUCUAAUGAAAAAGGAUAUUUUACGAUCAGUGAAAAAUGCACCGAUUUUUGUCAAGAUGACUUAGCAGACGACGACAUUAUGAUACUCGAUAACGGCGAACAAGUAUUUUUGUGGUUAGGGAGUCGUUGUUCAGAAGUUGAAAUUAAAUUGGCAUAUAAAUCUGCUCAGGUAUACAUUCAGCAUUUACGAGUAAAACAACCAGAUAAACCGCGUAAAUUAUUCCUAACUGCAAAAGGAAAAGAAUCUCGAAGAUUCACAAAAUGUUUUCAUGGUUGGAGCUCACAUAAACGGCCACCUCAAUAAAGUAUUCAAAGAAAUAUUUCAAUUUUUAUUGUUUUGAUAAUGUUUAUUAAUAAGAUUCAGAAAAAGACACAAAAUUCAUGUUAUUAUUGGGUAUUUGUAUUGAUAACGUAAAUUUAUUUGAUGGAUACAAAUUGAAGAAUGUUUUAUUUAUAUAUAUGUAUAAGACGCUCACGCGUAUGUGUGUGUGUGUGUGUGUGUGUGUGUGUGUAUUAUAUACCAUAUACACAAUAUUCUGAUAUUAAAGAAUAUUAUAAUUCUUGAAACCAUUAAAUAGCCACAAUCCUGUUUAAAUAAUGUUGAUAAUAUAGAUAUCCUUCUGUUUUCAUUUUCUUUUAUUGUGUUUAUUUCUAAAUUCAUCGAAACAUUAUUUACAAAAU